AUGGCAACAGAAGAUCCCCAGCCGCCGUCCCCGGCCACAAAGGACGAGAACCCCACCGCCUCCUCCUCGUCCUCCUCAAAGAAGCGCAAGACCGCCCUCCCCGAGCUCGAGGUCGACGUCUCGCUGCCCGAGCCGCCCUCGAAGAAGGCCCGCCGAGCCCUCAAGAAAGGCAAGCCCCUGCCCGCGGCAAAGCGCUCGAGCGACGACGAGGGCGAGGCGGGCAAGGAUGGCGCCGUCGACAAGGCCAGCAGCAAGAAGAAGAAGGAGCGCUCGCCCUACGGCGUCUGGAUCGGCAACCUGCGCUUCACCGUGACCAAGGCCGAGCUCCGCCAGUGGCUUGUCGACAGCUCGGGCGGCUCCAUCGCCGACGACAUGAUCACCCGCGUCCACAUGCCCACCUCGAAAUCCGCCGCCGCCGCAGGGGACCGCGAGAAGAAGAGAGGGGCCGCGGCGCCCGAGCCCGACGACGACGACGACGAGACCAAGAAGCCCGCCGCCGAGAACAAGGGCUUCGCCUACGUCGACUUCAGCACCUUUGACGCCAACGUCGCCGCCAUCGCCCUCUCCGAGAACGAGCUCGGCGGCCGCAAGCUGCUGAUCAAGGACGCCAAGUCGUUCGAGGGCCGGCCCAAGAAGGAGCCCGAGCCGCGGUCCGCCAACGCCGACGGGACCGGGACCACGACCACCACCGCCGGCGGUGCAGCGGCGGCGUCAGACUCCACGCCCACCAGCCGCAAGAUCUUCGUCGGCAACCUCGGCUUCCAGACCAGCGACGACGACCUGUGGGCGCACUUUGAAAAGUGCGGCGAGAUCGAGUGGGUCAAGGUCGCGACGUUCGAGGACACGGGCAAGUGCAAGGGCUUCGGGUGGGUCAAGUUCAAAGAGGCAGAGGCCGCGCAGUGGGCGGUCAAGGGUUUCGUCAAGAUCAAGGAGGACAUCGAGACGGAGGAGGACUUCAUGGACAAGGAAGAGGAGGACGAGGCCGCUGAUGGCGAGGAGGAUGCCGGCGAUGAGUCGAAGAAGAACAACAAGAAGCAGACGGAGGAAAAGAAAACUCGGACCAGGAAGUGGUGGGUCAACAUGCUCAGGGGGCGGAAGCUCAAGAUCGAGCUGGCGGAGGACGACCAGACUCGGUAUAAGAAGAGAUUUGGAAAGGAUGCAGUCAAGAAGGGACGGGAGGAUCGCCCUGCCAGACCUCGAAAUGCCAGGCAAGACCAGCCAGCCCCCGAGAAGGAGGUGUCUGGCCAGACUGAAUCGGCUAAGGACAAGAAGAUGGCUUUCCACGAGGACGUCAAUGUGGCUAGGUUGACAGGAGCAGCAGUCGCGCCUCAAGGGAAGAAGAUCACAUUUGAGUAA